AAAAGUUGAAAGCCUGAAAUUCUUUCGUCCGCCCUCACCGUCGUCCCUAAAGAAGCAGCCCGCAGAGUAAAACAGAUCCAAAUCCCAAAAAUCUAGAGAAACCCUUUUUGUUUUCUUCCCAGAACCCUAAAUUUUCUAUCUCUGAAAGAUUUCAGAGCUGAAGGAAGAAGAAGUAAUGGGGGCGAUUCCAGUGGUCCGCUUCCAGAUCUUCAGGGCAGUGAGAGUGAUAGGAGUGAUAGUGGCUGCUCUAGUGCUCAUCUGGACCAUACGUUUCCGCGGAGGAUUGGCUCUCAUCUCAGACAACAAAGAUCUCAUUUUCAAUGUCCAUCCUGUGUUGAUGGUGAUUGGACUGAUACUCUUAAAUGGAGAAGCCAUGCUAGCAUACAAGACAGUUUCAGGAACAAAAAGCUUCAAAAAACUUGUUCAUCUUACGCUACAAUUCCUUGCCUUUUGUUUAAGUAUUAUUGGCGUAUGGGCUGCUUUGAAGUUCCACAAUGAUAAGGGCAUUGACAAUUUCUACAGCCUGCAUUCAUGGUUGGGUCUAGCUUGCCUAUUCCUCUUCACCCUCCAGUGGGCUGCUGGUUUUGUAACAUAUUGGUACCCAGGCGGCUCAAAAAAUAGCAGAGCUACCUUACUGCCAUGGCAUGUGUUUGUUGGUAUUUAUACUUACGCCCUUGCUGUUGUUACUGUAACUACUGGUAUUUUAGAAAAAGCCACAUUCCUUCAAACCAACCACAUAAUCUCACGCUAUUCAACUGAGGCUUUGCUGGUGAAUUCUCUCGGAAUAUUGGUCGUUGUGCUGGGAGGUUUUGUGAUUCUUGCUGUUAUUACUCCCACCAAUAAUAAUAGAAGCGACGUUCUCAGAGGAUCGAUAGAGUAAGCACAAUUGUACUGUCUUAUAGUUCACAAGCAGACCUAAUUUUACUCUAUAUAUGGAUUGCAGGAUUUUGUUAUUGUCAAAAGAUUAAUGUAUUAAAGUAACAAUUCCCUUUGUUCAAUUAGAGUUGAAGAAAGCUCCGUUCCUUUCUC